AUGUCGGCUCAAACGAUUCCUUUGGGCCAGUAUAUCUUUCGAAGAAUCAAAGAAUUGGGAACAGAGCAUAUCCUUGGAGUUCCGGGGGAUUUCAAUCUGACCCUUCUCGAUGAAAUCUACAACGUACCCAACCUCAAGUGGGUUGGAUGCUGUAACGAACUCAACGGCGCCUAUGCGGCAGACGGCUCCACACGUAUCAAGGGCAGCCCAGCUGUCCUCAUCACAACCUAUGCUGUCGGAGAACUGUCAGCAAUGAAUGGCGUGGCAGGUGCUUAUGCUGAACACGCCGGCAUGAUCCACAUAGUUGGCAUGCCCGCAAGGAACUUGCAAAAGAGUCGAGCUAUGUUGCACCAUACCAUGGAACCGAACAUGGAUCAAUCAAUCUACAUACAGAUGGCCGCACCUAUCCGGAAAGCUCAUGCGUUCUUGAUGGAGGAUAGUACCAUGGCAGAAGAUAUCGACCGAGUCAUUACAGCCUGCGUGCAGAGUCGGCUUCCUGUUUACAUCUACGUACCGGUAGAUGUCGUGUCAGUUCAGUUGGAUACCAAAAGGCUGGAGACUCCGCUUGACACCGCACUCCGUAACCCGGACAGCAAGACUGAAGAUCACAUCGUCAGCACCGCCCUCUCAUUGAUCCAGGCAGCCUCAACCCCCGCAAUAUUGGCUGACGUCCUCACCAGUCGGCACGGCGGACUGGGGUUGACCAAGAAGUUGGCAGACAUCACCCAAUUCGCGAGUUUCUCUACCCCCUUGUCUAAAGGAGUCAUUGACGAGACAUCUCCGUACUACAACGGACUGUACAAUGGGAAAGUGUCGUUUCCGGGUGUCGCCGAGGCGGUGGAACGAUCUGACUUGGUGAUCAACAUCGGUCCGUUGUUGUCAGAUUCGAACACGGGAGGCUUCACUAGAGAUAUCAAAGACGACAACUUGGUAUACCUUGGACAUGAUUUGGUGCAAAUCAAGGGCGAGAAGUUCCCCGGCUUCCAUUUUCUGCCUAUUCUGAAACGCAUCGUGGCCGAGUUGGAGGCACAACCAUCAAAGUACAACCUUCCGCGUCCCCAGAAAAGUCGCAGGGUCGUACCUCCGGUUCUGAACGACGCCAAAACUGGGGAGCUCAAGCAAUCCUACGUUUGGCAGCGUCUGGGUCGAUUCCUCAAAGACAAUGAUAUUGUGCUGGCAGAGUCCGGAACGGCGCAGUUCGGGAUGCCUGAUGCCACAUUCCCACGAAAUACGAGGUAUAUAACGCAAAUUUUCUGGUCAUCAAUCGGGUAUACGGUUGGCUCGUGCCUUGGGGCUCUCAUUGCAGCCAAGGAAAUGAAGUAUCCGGGGCGUGUGGUACUGGUCGUGGGUGAGGGCAGUCUUCAGAUGACGGUGCAAGAGAUCGGCACUUAUAUUCGCUAUUGCUUCAAGCCCAUCAUUUUUGUCAUCAACAACAACGGGUAUGCGAUUGAACGGGCUAUCCAUGGACCCAAGCAGGGGUACAACGACGUCAGCAUGAUGUGGGACCAUCAGAAGAUGCUCGAGUUCUUUGGUGCAAGGGCAGAGAAUGGCGUCAAGGCGAACAGUCGAGCGACCAGAACUGUGGAGGAGUUGGAGGCGGUGCUGACCGAUGAGAAUUUUGCCAGUGGGAACAGUAUCCAGCUUUGCGAAAUCUUCAUGGACAAGUUCGACUAUCCCUGGCGGUUGUCUGGCCAGCUCGACGUUGUCAGGGCCCGGAUGAGGCAGGCUGCUGCUACGCCGAAUGCCACCUCUGGUUUCCCUGGAGCUGACUCUGUUGAGCAUGAACUUUGCCUCGUGGGGAUAUGGCUGGACGGCAUAUUUAUUAAGCCAUGUGCGACUUUGCUCGAUUAA